AGCAGAGGUAUGGAGUAUAUGUUAAUGGCUACAGUCGUAUAUGUUAUAAAUCUUUAAAAUGAAUUUUUUUCUUGCAAUACAAAUGUUUGUUGCAAAAAAGAUUUAUCUUGACCUACGCUAAUAGAAACAAACAUUAAGCUGAAAAUGAAAAUCAAUAAAAAUGUUUUCUUUUGUAUUGUAAUGUUAACUUCAACAACAUAUACUAUGACACAGUAUAUUUACCCUGCUAGAAAGUCAUCAUCUCCUUAUGCUUUCACUGUUUACAAAAAUAAACAAGUAAUAGACAACACAAACUUUGUGGGAAGUUACACAGGCUACCCUGAUUAUAAUAAAUGUGUUAAUAUUUGUUAUAAUACUAUUGACAAGUGCAAAUCAAUAGAAGUGCAUAUGGUGACAAAUGUUUCGUUUACAUGCCGAAUUUUUAACAAUGAUUUCCCGGUAACUCAAUACGCCAAAGGAUUUAUUUUCAUUAAAGCAAAGCCGCCAAACUGUUCUCUUAGCUGCAGCGUAACAUUUUAUCCUUGUGGAAAAUGUGAAUGCAAACCGUCAUGUGCAGCAAGAAACCGUCGUCAAUAUAUUUGUAACUGCACUAAAGCUGCAGGAUUAGCAAAGAGUUGUCAAGAACACUAUGAUCGUGGUUUUAAUAAAACCGGAUUAUUUCAAAUAUAUCCUAAUGGUUUGGCGUUUGAAACUUUUUGUGAGAUGGAAAAAGUUAAGCGAGAAAACCCAAUAGUAAAUCUCCCAUGUUCAUUGCAGCCAAAUUUACAGCUGACGUUUUAUAGUUAUUAUGCAACAAAUACCUUUUCAGUAUCAUAUUGCGUUAUAUCAUGCGCUGCUCUAAACUUUAAUAAUAUGUUUUACUACAACACUGGUUGUUUCUGUGGAAACAUUAUUGAUGAAAUCGAUGAUUAUCAUCCGGAAUAUAAUUAUGCAUAUAUUUAUACUCAAACAGAUUAUUGUUACAUCGGGCGUGAUUAUACUGAUUGUACAUUAACAAGACUCUAUUACAGACAUGCUGUUCAAAUUGAUACAACAUACAAUAUUCAAGCUCCUUCACCAACAACAUGUGUAAACUUAUGUCAAACAUACCGGCAAUCAAAUCCAACAAAUAAUGGGUAUAUUUCAAGUGGGGUAGCUGAAAACAAUGGAGACUGUAAAUGUCUUUAUGGAUUUCAUGGUCAAACAGCUAACAUUAAAAAUGGUUGUUCUUAUUUUCAAACAAUUUCAGCACCAAUACUUCCAAGUGUUGGAGAAGUCUGGUUACCAAUGAUGACUCGUUUUGCUAGCUGGGAGUCAACAUUUUGGGAUAGAAGUUAUGAAGAUUAUGAAAAUGGUUUUGGUCUGGUAAACCAGCAAUGGAUUGGCUUGAAAAAACUCAAUCAGAUAACAAGCACUUUCAUAACAGAUAUGAGAGUUGAUUACUUUUUUAUCGAAGAUAUUGUAUUUAGUACAAUGUAUUAUAAUGUCAGGUUUGGAUCAAGUGUCGAAAAAUACGUUUUAAACUAUGAUAGAUACGAUCCACGAGGAACUGGUGAAGCAGAUCGUUUUCAAGGUGAUGGUACUAUAUUUAAUAGCUGCAGUAAAUGGUGGACAAAUAAUGACAAGACUUGCUAUACUAAUAUGUUUCCUACUUCAAUUAACGGCAUCUCAUAUGGAUUACUUGAUAACUUGGUUUCUAUACAAUUUUACUUACAAACGAAAGAAUUAAAGAGCCGUCCUACGAAAAUGCGAGUUAUGGAGCAAAUCAUUUUGCGAGGCCUUCUUGAAAGUCAUUAUUUUAGGCGUUUUGACGAGGAAAAACUUUUCUCUUACUGUCUCAAAAGAGGUUGUAUAAGUGCAAAACAAAAAUUUCGGGUUGGUAUAAUUUUGAGUUGUUAUUUUAGUGUAGGUUUAUAAAAAGGGCUGAUUGCU